GGGGUGGAAGAUGCAGGAGGCCAGCUCCAACGGAGACUCUAAUUCGGAGGCCAGCUGCGGGCUGACCAUCCAGCCCACUGGGAGGACCAUCGAAGGCCCAAACUGUGAUGUACAAAGGCUGUCCUUCCAGGGAGACCCGGGGUGCUGCUUCUGCUCCCUCUACCAGCACCAUGAGAAGAAGGGGCAGGCAGGUUCUCAGAAGGGCCGCUCAAGGGAACAUUGGGAGGCAUCCAGACAGAGGAACACUGGACAAAAAGAUCAGGUUCAAAGUCACCACAAGAACAGAGUCCUGCACCCAGGGUACGCAGGUCUGAUCAACCAGGGUGCCACCUGCUACCUGAACAGCAUCCCAAAGUGUCUCUUCACACAGGAGCUCCAGGACGCUGUCUGCAGAUGCGAGGACCAGGGGGAGUCCAGCCUCAUCACACAGCUGUGCUGGCUCUUUGAGGCCCUGGAGGAGUCCGAGGCACCUGUGUCCACCACCGCCAUCACCCGCUGCCUCGAGCUCAGGGAUGUGCACCGCCAGGAGGAUGCCCUGCUGUGCUUCCGCAUGCUGUUGACCAGGAUGACUGCUGAGCAGAGGGAGCUGGGGCAGCUGUUCCAGAUGACCCUGAUGGGAGUCACCCAGUGCCAGCGCUGUGAGACCAAGACUGGGCUGGAGGGAGCCUGGCUGGUCUUUCUGGUGCCUGUCCCACAGGGCCCCGCAGGCACCCCGUGCUCCCUAUCAAGGGCACCCCACCGGUCCGGCCUGACCUCACACACCUCACUUCCGGGGACAAUGCUUCUCCCAGGCGUCCCAGCCUGGUGUCUCUGCUGCCACAGGCAGACGUCACGUGAGGAGUCACGCCCCGCGAUGGCACCCCCUGAGCAGCCUCAGCUGGGCCUUUGGCUUCUGCCCAAGGGCGCCUUGGGUCCCCUCCCCGUAUUGGAGUUGCCCUCUGGUCCCCAGGACAAGGCUGUGGAGGGGCUGUUCCAGAAGGAGUGGUUCACUGGGGACAAGUGUGACCACAAAGAGGACGCCUGCUUGACACUCUGCCUGCGGAGCCUGCCCCGCGUGCUGGUCAUCGUCCUGCAGAGGUUCACCUUCCACGAGGGCCGCCUCUGGAAGCAGUGCGACCCGGUGGCUGACAAGGCUGUGGAGGGGCUGUUCCAGAAGGAGUGGGGCACAAGGGACAACCAGUACUUCUGUGACGAGUGUGACCACAAAGAGGAUGCCUGCUCGAAACAUGGGAAGAAUGGCCAGCCUGGUUCUCAGGAGGUCAGCUCAGGAGAAGACCAGGAGGUGACCAGACAGAAGAUUUGGGAGAAAGAUGAGGUCAAAGGUCACCAAAAUGCCAGAGCCCAGCACCCAGGGUACGCAGGUCUGAUCAACCAGGGUGCCACCUGCUACCUGAACAGCAUCCUGCAGUGUCUCUUCUUCACGCAGGAGCUCCAGGACGCUGUCCGCAGAUGCGAGGACCAGGGGGAGUCCAGCCUCGUCACACAGCUGCGCAGGCUCUUUGAGGCCCUGGAGGAGUCCCAGGGACCCGUGUCCACCACCGCCAUCACCCGCUGCCUGGGGCUCAGGGAUGUGCACCGCCAGGAGGAUGCCCUGCUGUGCUUCCAAAUGCUGUUGACCAGGAUGACUGCUGAGCAGAGGGAGCUGGGGCAGCUGUUCCAGAUGACCCUCGAGCAAGUCACCCAGUGCCAGGGCUGUGAGACCAAGACUGGACUGGAGGAAGCCCGGCUCUUCCUCGUGGUGCCUGUCCCGCAAGGACCCGCAGGCACCCCGUGCUCCCUGGACAAGGCUGUGAAGGGGCUGUUCCAGAAGGAGUGGUUCACGGGGGACAACCAGUACUUCUGUGACGAGUGUGACCGCAAAGAGGACUCCUGCUCGGUGAGUGCUGCUGGUCCCAGUCACAGCAGGACCCAGCCGGGCUGA